GCUAUGCGAACAACUCGCCUCUUGCGCAGCGUGCACAGCAUGUGUGUUGGGAGAUGCGGAUAUGUAUAUGCAUCGGCUGCCGUCCGCCCCGCCCUUCGCCAGCAGACCCGCUGCGCCCGCACGUCGACGGCACACAGGAGAAGCGACACCACUAGACAUAGUAGGCAGGGCAGGGAGAGACUGGAGAGAGAGAGUGGUAUCCAUCACAUCAGCUGUCUGUCUGCGUAUCGUUCAGCGUCUGGUGAGUCGUCGUCGGCAUCAUCAGCUGCCCCAGCGAUGCGAUUUGAUGAGCUGCAGCUGAGUGAAGGCACCAUGAAGGGUAUUACACAGGUGAGCCACACGCAGCUGGCCAGGCUGACUGACACGCAAUCACAUCGCACACACACGUGUGUCUGCCUGCCUGCCUACCUGCUGUCAUGUGUAUCAGAUAUUGGGUUACGAGACCAUGUCAGAUGUGCAGUCCAAGGCAAUCACCAAGGUUGGUUGGUGUGAAUGUCUACACACGCACAUGCACACAACACAUACGCGGGAUCAGACCAACGGCCGAUAUGGGUCGCACACACCUCUGUGUGUGUGUGCACUGCAGGUGUUGCACACGAGCAACGAUGUCCUGGUGCAGAGUAAGACGGGCACCGGCAAGACGCUCUGCUACCUCAUUCCCGUCAUCGAGAAAAUGGUACACACACACACAUUCAGCACCCUUAGACAGACACGUGACAAUUGCUGUGUGUCGGCCGGUGUGUGCAGGUGAGGAGCCCUCCUGUGGCUGUGGGUGCGCUCAUCCUGGCGCCCACAAGAGAGCUGGUGCUGCAGAUCGUCAAGGAGGCCUCUCAGCUGCUGACGCACCACCCGGCCAUCGACAUACUCCCUCUCACUGGGGGCACCUCCCGAAGACAAGACACGGUCCGUCUAUUCGUCUGCUGCAGACACACACACAGAGCCACCCACGUGUUUGCGUGUAGAGAUUUUCUGAUUCUGUGUGUGUAGGUAGCUCUGAAGCGCCGGAGGCCUCAGAUCGUGGUGGCGACCCCGGGGCGGCUGUUGGAUCACCUGUCGUCGACAUUCAACUUUCACUCGCUCUUCACCGGGCUGUCUGUCAUGGUGCUCGACGAGGCCGACAGGUACACACACUCACAGGCGCAUUCCCUGUCUGUCUGGCUGUCUGUCUGUCUGUCUGCCUGUCUGUGUGGGUGUGUGUAGGUUGUUAGAGCUUGGGAGCAUUGACGAUCUGCGGACCAUCAUGACAUACAUGCCCAAAGACAAACAGGUGUUUACGCGAGUGCCUGUCUCUGUGUCUGUCUGUAUCUGGACCUUUGUGUGGGUAUUGUAUUGUUUGCCUUGUAUGCGUGCAGUCGUUGCUCUUCUCGGCGACCAUCACGGAUGACGUCAGGGGUACAUCCAGAGAGAGAGGCAGAGACGACAGACUUGUCGACGACAGGACACACAAUCAUCUGUGUGUCCAUGCCAUGUGUGCAGAGAUCGCCACUCGGGCCUGCAGAGCCAACUACAUGCUCAUCGUAAGCAGACGCACCGAUGAAUCGAAUCUUUGUGGCCGUUUUCAUUUCCAUGUGUGUGUGUGUGUGUGUGUGUGUGCAGGACUGCAUCCCUCACGACGACAUCCCGACGGUGGAUCGUGUGCAGCAGAGAUACGUCACACUCCCAGCCAGAUGCCUCACACAGGCGAGUGAUCAGACAGACAGACAGACAGACAGGGAGGAAGAAACAGACACCGCACCCGCCCCACGGACAGACGUCAACUGCUGCCUGCCUUUGCCUGUAGGUGUUGUAUCACUGCCUCAUGAACGAGAUGCGAACCAACCUGUACAGCUACAAGAUCCUGGUCUUCUUCCCCACCGCACGAUGCACUGCAUUCUUCGCGCACUUCUACAGGGAACAACUCAGGUCCACACACACACAUGCACACGCACACACACGGUCGUGUGGGUGUGUGUGGGUGCGGUGCAUCCACACCACAGGUGCGUCAGUGUGUGUGAGUUGGUUGGUGCGGUGCCUGCAGGAUAGCUGUGUAUGAGAUGCACCGGAGGAGAGACCAGCACACAAGGUGGGUGCACCACGCACACACACAGACACAAAGAAAGCACAUCUGUGUGUGCACUGUCUGAUGCUCAGGAGCGUCACAUCAGAUCGGUUCAAGAGCGACCCCACAGGUGCGGUUUGUGCGAACACAGGGAGCCGCCGUCAAGUUGUUUGUCGUGACAUAUGUUUGUUUGUGUGGCCUGGCCUUGCCUUGUGAGUGAUUUACAGGGAUAAUGUUUUCGAGUGAUCUGUCGGCUCGUGGGAUGGACUACCCCAACGUCACACUCGUCAUACAGGUAAGGCACACACACACACGCGUGAGUGCCGCUUUGCUUUGCUUUGUGUGUCUGCAGGUGUGUGCCCCGCCCUCUCGCGAGCAGUACAUCCACAGAAUCGGUAGCCUACACAACGCAGCCACACAAGCAUCGAAUCGACACAGUGCCUCUAUUAUAGACAGCCAAUCUGUGUGUGUGUGUGUGUGUAUUGUGCGUCAGGUCGGACGGCCCGUGUUCACUCUGACGGCCGUGGGCUGCUGCUGCUGACUGAGAACGAAGCGCAGGGCGGCAUGGAGGUAGGAUGCGAUGCGCCGUGCAGUGCACUGCACGCACCUCACCACGUGUGGGUGUCUCCGUAUGCCUUUGUGUGUGUGUGUGUGUGUGUGUGGAAAGGCCAUCAAGGAUUUGCCCAUACAUAAGAUUGACGACAAGUCGCUCUUCUACCAGGCAGGCAAAGACACACACCACUGUGUGCUGUGCUGUGCUGAAUCGAUGGUGGUUGAUGUUGAUGUUGAUGUUGAUGUUGAUGUGUGUGUGUGUGUGUGUUCAGAACGACCUGCUGGUCAAUGCUGUCAGCAGCUGGAUGGCCAACACACAGGUGGGUAUGUUAUCCCCCGCUGCACACGCAUAGCAUAGGCAGGCGGGGAUUUAUGAGAUUUCUCUCUCUCGAUGUGUAUGUCUGUUCUGUCUGUUCUGUCUGUCUGUGUGUGUGUGUCAUUCGUGUCAUCCAGCUGUUGUUUGCGGCAUCUGCUGCGUAUGCCUCGCUGCUGACCUACUUCAAAGUCCACGCCCGCAGGUCAGGUGUGUCACACACCACACCACACCCUGAUGCGAUGCCAAGCGAUGCACACCAUGCAGCAAAGCAUCUGUCUAUCCUCAUGUGUGGGGUGGGUUUGUGUGUGUGUGUGUGUGUGUGUGUGUCUUUAAUGUCAGGUUGAAGCUGAGCGACAGUGACGUAGGGCAUACAGACAGACAGACACACCCAGACACAAUGAAUGCCCCCGUGUGUGUGCGAUGUGGUUCUGUCUGGCAGAUCAUCCAGACAGCGGGGGACAUGCUGCUGUCCGCCGGCCUGGUCGACACACCUGGUGGGGUGGGGACCUUACUCUCGCACACCACACACACACACACCCUACACGGCCUCCACGCUGCGUCUGUGAGAGCGUGCCUCUCUAUGUUUCUGUGUAUGUGCAUGUCUGUCUGUCUGGUUUGUUUGUCCAGCCAUCUCCCGUCGGCUCGCCCAGACGCUGCAACUGGAGGGCAACCCCAUGAUCAAAGUAACACAGACAGUCAGACAGACAGACACCCAAUCAUAUCAUUCUUGCCAGCCCAGCCGGCUCAUCUCAUGUCAUGGGUGUGCGUGUGUUGUGUUGUGUGUGUUGUGUUCAGGUGCAGGACAAUUUGGACGAGUUGGAUGCGUUGGAGUAUCUGCACGAGACGGCUGACCACAACAGACAGAAACAGCACGAGGAACGGAGGUAGGUACGCAAGGAAGGCUCAUGAAUGAGGCCAGGCACACCACUCAACUGACAGACAUCGACUGCAUACAGACACACAGAGAUACGUGUGUGCACUGAAUUGAUUGAUGGACUAGAUAUGUGGAGGAGCUUAAGCUGACGGCAAUGGGACGAAAGCACGACGACAGAGACCACACUUUCACACAGGUACCCAUGUUUGUUUGUACGUGUCAGCUAAGCGUGUGGAUGUUCGUUCGUGUUGGCCUUGGCUGCAGACGUAUGGCUGAUAUAAUUGAUGUGGCAUGUAUGGGUGGUCUUUGAAUCUAAGGGCUGACUUGACUGAUGCGAUGCGGGCGAUCGAUAUAGGUGAAUGACGUGACGUGUCUUGGGAUCAUUGAGUGUAUAGCUAAGCUGACAACCGCUAAAUUGCGUGUGCGUGUUAAAGACCUCUUUCACUCAUUAACGC